AUGUCUUCUCUUACCCAGCGGGAGGAAUGUGUCUACGCGGCGAAGCUGCUUGAACAGAGUGAACGUUAUGAAAAAAUGGUCGAGGCAAUGAAGGGUAUUUUGGUUCCUAAUAUGGAUCUUUCUGCCGAGGAAAGGAACUUGCUCUCUGUUGCCUACAAAAACGUUGUUGGAGCUCGACGAAGCUCAUGGCGCGUUAUCAGCAGCAUUGAACAGAAACACGAAGGGGACGCUAGAAUGGCCAUAGCUAAAAAGGUCCGGGAAGAUAUCGAAAAAGAGCUUAACGAUACAUGCUCUGAGAUUUUGGAGCUACUCGAUUCGACUCUCAUUCCGGCUGCUUCGAACCCCGAGUCGAAGAUAUUUUUCCUUAAAAUGAAGGGUGAUUAUUACCGUUACGUUGCUGAAUAUCGUACUGGUGAUGAACGCAAGGACGCGUCUGAGAAGAGCUUACAGGCUUACAAAACUGCCACGGACAUUGCUAAGGUCGAAAUGCCAACUACGCACCCGAUUCGCCUGGGAUUGGCAUUGAAUUUCUCUGUGUUCUAUUAUGAAAUUCUAAACAGCCCUGAUCGCGCAUGCAAGCUUGCCAAGGAUGCUUUUGACGAAGCCGUGUCAGAUAUUGACACUUUGCCUGAAGAGAAUUAUAAAGAUGCCACUCUUAUUAUGCAGCUGUUGCGCGAUAACCUAACUCUGUGGAACAGCGACGCCGGUGAUAACGAAGCUGCCGAAGCGCAGAAGGCUGAGUAG